GCAUCCUCAAGUGGCUUGGCAGAAUUUCGACAUAUCUCUGAGCGUUCCUGAGCCAACGUACACUGACGAGCAGAACUGGUUCAAGAUCGACGACUACAGCGUGCCAGAUCUUGAUGCCUGGGCCACCGGGAAGAUUUUCUUCUGUGCGUAUUGUGAGAGGGAGAAAGAAGCCAGCAUCUUUUGCCGGGGCAGCACAUCGUUCAAGUCAGAUCGACAACAAUUCCCGGAUCGAUGCAUUGGUUGCACGUACAGACAUGCCCUUCACAAUUCGUACUACAAGGUCAACGACUACAAGGACCUCCGAACGAGCGAGUCGUACUCCCUUGCGUGUGCAAUGUACAUCUACAUUCACCACUUCCAAGAGACGAAGCCAGGCGACACUUUGCUUGAUUAUAUCAAGAAGUGUUGCCCUAUUGCCUACAGGUCCGUGAGAAAGGUUGUAUCAGCAUAUGGUGGCCUCCGAUGUCCCAUUGCAACUGCAAUCGCGUAUUCGUCCUGGGGAAAGGCAAAGCAACUGGCAUGGGGUCGUGCCUACGACGCACAGAACAACCUUUGCUUCAUGGCGUACUACGAUGCUGGGAACGUUGCCUAUGCAGGUUUCAUGAAGACGUUGUUGACUCCACAAGAAAGGGAAGAGUUGUUCCGAGGCUGCGAGAAUCCCGCCGAGGAGCUCUUGGGCGACGUGUUGGAGCUAUCUUUGGGGCUUUUGACAUUUGGGCCACGCUAUCCUCAUCUUUUCAAGAAAUGGGGAAGUUCGCAAGACAUCAACGCGUGCGUCUGCGGCAUCGAACGAUGUUUCUACUUGUACUCGUCCAAAGAAAGCGUCAAAUUGGAACGCUUCCUUGCAGUACCAUCAUCCAUGGUCGACCAACGUCUCCCUGGGAGUGCUGGUAUGGAUGACGUGAAUGAAGCAGAGGACACCAGUUACGACUCCACGCAUGGC